CUCGUGAUGGCACAUCCUUCUCGCCCUGUUUUUUGUUGCGGUGUUGCAAGUGGUGUGCCACGCUGGACCUCAGGGGAGGGGCACGCCCGCGCUGGCGUCGCCGCGCCGAGGACCCCAUAUGGCCGGCAGCGACGCCGAUGCCGCCCCCGGCGCCGCCGCGCCCGCCUCGGCGAAGCUGGGCGGAGAGGCGGAGGCGCCCGCCCAGGAGCACACCAAGGCCGCACGGUCCGUCUCGCUGGCGGCGGGCCCGGAGGUCACCCCCGACGACGAGGAGGAGGAGGAGGUCCCCCGCGAGAGGAGACCGGAAACACGGCGGAGGUCCUCGAGUCCGUGAAGGAGAGGGCCAAGCAGACGCGCAUCAUCGUGGAGGAGCGGGAGCAGGCGAGCAGGGAUGGCAUCGCGGAGCAGCGGAAGAACCUCGCGAGAGAAGCGUUGAGGGCAAACAAGGCGGAGUCGUCGAAGUCCCCGAAGGGGAGGGGCUCGAAGGUGCGGGCCUCGCAGGUCCUGAAGUUCUCCAUGGAUUCGGGCGAGGCCCAGGGCUCGGACGAGGAGGCCUCAGACGAGGAGUGGUGCGGCGGACAGCCGGCCGCCCAGCG